CAUGACUGUAACUCAGCUGGGGUUUGUUGUCCGAGCAGACAGGCCACUGUAAUUCACCAGAGCCUGAGGUGGGGGGGUUUCCUCACAGCACCGUCAGACCCAAACUGAACCCUUUCUGCAGGCGUGGAGAAAGCAGAAACUGGACUUGAAAACUCUGCAGAUCGGGUCCAAAUCCGGGAUGAUUGCUACGACACUCUUACAUCUGAGUGACUCUGAGAUCAAUUAAAGCGAUCGCGACUUUUUUUAAAAUCAUCUUUGCAGUUUUCUUAAAACCCUUUGGCGUUUCAACAGAGUUUUUUUUUUCUUUUUUUGCUUCCUCCCCCCGCCUCCAUCGAGAUGUGGUGGAUGCUGUUUCCCCGAUGGAUUUGGUUCGUUCUUGGCCAUUUCUGGACAGUUUUCCUGCAGGACCGCCGCGUGACAGCGAUGCCCAUGAUGUCGGCGGCGAAGGUGGUGUACUCUCACGCAGGUCUGUGUCCCAACGAUCUGAACCCCAACCUGUGGGUGGAUGCCAUGAGCACCUGCAUGCGGGAGUGCGAAUCCGACCAGGACUGCGAGGCAUUCGAGAAGUGCUGCCCUAAUGUUUGCGGCAACAAGAGCUGCGUGGCGGCACGCUAUAUUGACAUCAAGGGCAACAAGGGCCCCAUUGGAAUGCCAAAGGGCGCCACCUGUGACAAGUUCAUGUGCACCCAGCAAGGCUCCGAGUGCGACAUCUGGGACGGCCAGCCUGUUUGUAAGUGCAGAGACCGCUGUGAGCGGGAGCCCCACUUCACGUGUGCGUCUGACGGCAUGACUUAUUAUAACAAGUGCUACAUGGACGCAGAGGCCUGCUCCAAGGGUGUCUCAAUCACUGAGGUCACCUGCAGGUAUCACCUGUCCUGGCCAAACACAAGUCCAAUCCCCGUGGAGACAACGUUACAUCCCACCACCGCCCUUCAGACCACCCUCCCAACCGACAUUCAGCUUCCUGCCAUACACAACGGACCCAUCAAACAGACCGUGUUUGUGGGCGAGACGGCCAGCUUCCUGUGCGAGGUGUCCGGGAAGCCCCAGCCAGAAAUCACCUGGGAGAAGCAACUGAAAGGCAAGGACAACGUCGUAAUGAGACCCAACCACGUGCGAGAAAACGUCGUGGUGACCAACAUCGGCCAGCUGGUCAUAUACAACACUCAGCUGAAUGACGCCGGGAUCUACACGUGCACGGCGAGAAAUGCUGGGGGAAGCGUGUCCUCGCACUUUCCCCUGGCGGUGAUCAAGAGAGAACCGCGGGGCAAGAGUGCGGAGGGGAAUCACACCAACGUCCCCUUCCCGGCGGCAGAGUGCCUCAAGAGCCCCGACACGGACGACUGCGGAGAAGAAAGCAUGAGCUGGUACUACGAGCCGAAGAGGAACAACUGCUUCACCUUUACCUACAGCCAGUGUAACAAGAACCUCAACCAUUUUGAUACCUACGAAGCGUGCAUGCUGUCCUGCGGGGGGGAGCUGGCGGCCCCCUGCAGCUUGCCGAGCCUGCAGGGUCCCUGUAAGGCAUACGAGCCCCGCUGGGCGUACAGCAGCGUCCUCAAAAAAUGCCAGUCCUUCGUGUACGGGGGCUGUGGCGGCAACGAGAACAACUUCGAUUCGAAGGAGGCCUGCGAAGAGAUGUGCCCCUUCCCAAGAAACCACAACUGCAAGGUGUGCAAGCCUCGGGGCAAAAUGGUCUCCAGCUUCUGCAAGAGCGACUUCGUGAUCCUCGGCCGCGUGACCGAGCUGACGGAGGAGCAAGAGUCAGGGCACGCGCUGGUGACGGUGGAGGAGAUCUUGAAGGACGAGAAGAUGGGCCUGCGGUUCUUCGGCAAGGAACCGCUGGAAGUCACCCUUCUGAACAUGGACUGGAACUGCCCCUGUCCUAACAUCACCACUACGGACGGGCAGCUGAUCAUCAUGGGGGACGUGCACAACGGGAUGGCCGUCCUUCAGCCCGACAGCUUCGUGGGCUCCUCCAGCAGCCGCAGAAUCAGAAAGCUGCGGGAGGUGGUCCAGAAGAAAACCUGCGAUUUCCUCAAGGAUUUCUCUGCAGCGUGAUAUCAUGGCAGCGAUACAGCUCAACUGAGUUUGUUUCCAGAUUACCUAAAGCUCCUGUGACCUCACCAGUCUGACUGACAGCCAUUUGUGUUGCAUUUCACAUGUUUUUCUUUUUUAGUCUUGUAUCCCAUGCUUAUCGAAAGAUCGUAGAAAAACCGCUAUCAAUAAGUAUUUACUCUGAGCAAGGUAUUUAAUAUUUUACCUUAACAAAUCUUGUCUUUUAUACACUAAUAUUAUCUGUUUAGUAAUAUUUGUAAUACGACUAGUAUGCGUCUGUUGUUAUGAUGUGUAUUUUCGUUCUCCAUUGUUUGACAGCUGUCUUUAGCACUUAAAGGGAUAGCUUGAGUUUAUUGGACUAGGGUGCUGUGGAGAGAUAAAGAGCAGUGAUUACCUUACCUGCUGUAGAUAGUUAUCUAAAUACAGUUUGAGAGUUCAUGAAAUUGGUAUUCCCAUGAGC